AUGAGUGCACAUACGGCCGCCAAUGGUCUGCAGAGGCAUCGUCAAUCGCUCAAAGAAACUUCGUCGGAGCGGAGAAAGAAUAACAGCAACGCCGGCUGGGUGGUACAGAAGUUCGGUGGGACAAGCGUGGGGAAGUUUGCGGUCAACAUUGCGGAGGACAUUGUAAGGGCCAGUCUUUCCCAUAACAAAAUCGCCGUUGUCUGUUCCGCCCGGAGUACAGGCAAGAAAGUCGAGGGCACCACGAGCCGUCUACUAGAAAUCUACGGAGUGCUUGAGUCCGUCAAUUCCAUAAAAGACCCUGAGACCGUUCACUACGAAAGCUUGGUCAACGAGUACGAGCGACUAGUCCAUGUAAUCGCAGACGACCAUGUUACAGCAGCAGACUCGCAUAUCCAAGACGAGACCAUACGCGCGAAACUAAUUAGAGAAGUACGAGGCGAAUGCCAGGAAAUAAUAGAUUACAGACAUGCCGCGGAAAGAUGGCAUCUAGAAAUCGACUCGCGGUCUAAAGACCGAAUUAUUAGCUUCGGCGAAAAGCUCAGUUGUCGAUUCAUCGCAGCAUUGUUACAAGAUAGAGGAGUUGAGUCAGAAUACGUGGAUCUGUCAGAUAUCAUACAUUUCAAAACAACCACAGGUUUAAAUCAUGAGUUUUACAAUCUUAUGGCAGCUGCUCUACGGGACAAGGUUCUGGCUUGUGAAGACCGAGUACCAAUUCUCACUGGAUAUUUUGGAACUGUACCAGGUGGACUGAUGGAUGGGGAGAUUGGCAGAGGUUACACAGACUUAUGUGCCGCCUUAGUUGCCGUCGGCAUCAAUGCAGAUGAGCUGCAAGUGUGGAAGGAGGUUGAUGGUAUCUUCACAGCAGAUCCAUCUAAAGUGCCUACCGCUCGGCUGCUCGCUACGAUUACUCCGUCGGAAGCUGCAGAAUUGACAUUUUACGGCUCUGAGGUCAUUCAUCACCUCACAAUGGAUCAAGUCAUCCAUGCAACACCACCUAUUCGAAUUCGGAUCAAGAAUGUGAAAAACCCGCGUGGUGAGGGCACCAUCGUUCUCCCAGAUCCCAAACUUAGUCCAAGUCAGUUAUCUCACAAUCGAAGCUCUAGCACUUUAAGUUUACGUAAAACACCAAAACGGCCAACAGCUGUCACGAUCAAGGACAAAAUAUCAGUUAUAAACGUCCACUCAAAUAAGCGAUCCAUCUCACAUGGGUUCUUUGCUAAGGUGUUUUCAAUUCUUGAUAGGCGACAGUUAUCAGUUGAUUUGAUCUCGACCUCUGAAGUUCACGUCUCCAUGGCUAUACAUUCGGCAAACAUCUCGGCAGAGGAGCUUCGUAAGACGACCGCCGAGCUGGAAUUGUGUGGAGAGGUCAGCGUGCUACAUGACAUGGCUAUUCUCAGUCUUGUUGGAGCCGAAAUGAAGAAUAUGAUUGGAAUUGCGGGACGUAUGUUCUCUACGCUAGGAGAGCACAAUGUCAAUAUCGAGAUGAUAUCUCAAGGUGCAAGCGAAAUUAACAUCUCAUGUGUAAUUGACGCAUAUGAAGCUACAAGAGCCAUGAAUGUCCUACACACAAACCUCUUCACGUUCCUCGAGUAG